AUGGCCCGUACCAAGCAGACCGCCCGCAAGUCCACCGGUGGCAAGGCGCCCCGCAAGCAGCUCGCCACCAAGGCCGCCCGCAAGUCGGCGCCCUCGACCGGUGGUGUCAAGAAGCCCCACCGUUACCGCCCCGGUACCGUCGCCCUUCGUGAGAUUCGUCGCUACCAGAAGUCGACCGAGCUCCUCAUCCGCAAGCUCCCUUUCCAGCGUCUUGUUCGUGAGAUCGCCCAGGACUUCAAGACCGACCUCCGCUUCCAGUCGUCGGCCGUCCUCGCCCUCCAGGAGGCGUCUGAGGCCUACCUCGUCUCGCUCUUCGAGGACACCAACCUUUGCGCCAUCCACGCCAAGCGUGUCACCAUCCAGCCCAAGGACCUUCAGCUCGCCCGCCGCCUCCGUGGUGAGCGCUCGUAA